AUGAAUAAACGUAAAUCAAGUCACGAAGUCAUCAAUCGUAGUAUCAAUAAUAAAAUAGAAUUAAAACGUGAAUUGGGCUUAUGGAGUGGUGUUUCUAUUACGAUUGGUACAAUCAUUGGAUCCGGUGUAUUUGUUACACCAAAAGGUGUAUUAGAGAAUAGUGGCCAAAGUCCUGGUAUCUCUAUCAUAAUAUGGAUUUUAUGCGGUAUCAUCUCAUUAUUGGGUUCAUUAUGUUAUGCUGAACUUGGUACUACGAUAACUCAUAGCGGUGGUGAUUAUAUGUACAUUAAAAAAGCAUUUGGUAAUUUACCGGCAUUUCUACAAUUAUGGGUGAAUCUUGUGGUAAUUCGACCAACAUCCACUGCAAUUUGUGCUUUCAGUUUUGCAUAUUACGCUCUCUAUCCAAUUUAUUCAAACUGUGAUCCACCACAUCUACUUAUUCUUAUUUUUUCAAUUUUAUCUAUAACAUUCUUGACAUGGAUAAAUAUCAUGAAAGUUCGUUGGGCUACAAGAAUUCAGAAUUUAUUUACAGCAGCUAAAUUAUUAGCAUUAACUGUCAUUAUUCUAUCUGGUUUAUAUGUUGUAUGUCAAGGUAGGCUAGAAAAUUUCGAAGAAUUUUGGCAACCUACUCGACCGAUUAAUCCAUCACGUAUUGCUCUUGCUUUCUAUUCUGGUUUAUUUGCUUAUGCUGGCUGGAAUUUUCUAAAUAUUAUUACUGAAGAACUACAAAAUCCUGAACAAAAUUUACCACGAUCUAUUUAUAUUAGUAUUACAAUAGUGACAUUUGUUUAUGUAUUAACAAAUAUGGCAUAUUUCAUUGUACUUCUACCAUAUGAAAUUAUUCAAUCGAAUGCAGUAGCUGUGACAUUUGCUGAUCGUUUAUACGGAAAAUUCUCAUGGAUAAUGUCAAUAUUCAUUUCAUUAUCAUGUUUUGGUGGUUUAAAUGGAAUUUUAUUCACAUCAGGCAGAUUGAAUUUCGUUGCAGCUAGAGAAGGUCAAUUGCCUACAUUGUUAGCAACAAUACAUGUUGAACACUUAACACCAGUACCAGCUAUAUUAUUAAAUUGUAUUUUAAGUUUAAUAAUGCUUAUUGUAUCAGAUUUAUUUACAUUGAUUAAUUAUGUAUCAUUCGUUCAAUGGUUAUCUGUUGCUGCUAGUAUAUUUGCAAUGUUAUAUCUUCGUCGUAGUCAACCUGAUAUUCUUAGACCUAUUCGUUUACCAUUAAUAAUUCCUAUUACAUUCUUAAUUGUUUGUAGUUUCUUGUUAAUUCUUCCAAUGUUUCAUAGACCGAAUGAAUUAUUUAUUGGUAUAAUUAUAAUUUUAUCUGGUAUACCAAUUUAUUUACUUGGUAUAGGAUGGAAACAAAAAUCUAAUUUAUUUAUACAGAAAUAUAAUUAUAUUACUAUCCAAUGUCAGAAAUCAAUGCAUGUAGUUUACCCGGAAUAA